AUGGCUUCUCAGCUCCCUACUUAUACUUGCGAACAACUCGCCAAAUACAUCAGUUUUACCUUCGGCUGCCCUCCUGACCAAGGCAUGACCAAGUUGGUUGAGCUGGAGGCUCUUGUCCAGAAAGAUCCACUGAAGGCAUUGACCAUGCUCCAACAACGACAGCUCGCGGCCGUACCGUUUUCCAAUGUGGUGUUGCAUUACUCGCAGCACCAAACCAUCUCCCUGGACCCUGACUACCUGUUUCAUAAACUUAUCGAGCGCGGCCUGGGUGGCUAUUGCUUGGAAAACACCGGCCUCCUGGCCAUAGUGAUACGGUCGCUGGGAUAUCAGUUUUAUACUACCGCAGGGAGAGAAGCUGACUGGUACCCGCAGGGGCCACAUGAUACUGGUGGUAACUCUCAACAGGAAUAA